CCUCAACACUUCAAGGCUUGUAAUUGACAACCUCAAAACAGCAUAAAACACGAAUCUAGUCCAUCGCAUCGCAUCGCAGUAAUCAUGUCUUCAGCUCGCGAUAUCAAGGCUGGCGUUCCAAUCGCUCACAGACGGGUCUCAAUCAGCGCCCAAAAUCUUUCAACAUCACCCACUGCCACCUUCCAGUCGCCUCCCGCCAGCUUUGGCACCGGAUUGCAGCCUCGCAAAAGCGUUCCCAAAGUCCUGAAGCCCUUCAAUACCCAGGACAUUAAGAUCUUGCUGCUGGAAAAUGUCAACCAGACCGGACGAGACAUCCUUACCGGUCAAGGCUACCAGGUGGAAGCCCUGAAGACCUCUCUUCCAGAGGACCAGCUCAUCGAAAAGAUUCGUGACGUCCACGUUAUCGGAAUCCGAUCAAAGACCAAGCUGAGCGAAAAGGUUCUGAGCGAAGCCAAGAACUUGAUUGUCAUUGGAUGCUUCUGUAUCGGAACCAACCAGGUUGACCUCAGCUACGCUGCCCGCCGUGGAAUUGCCGUCUUCAACUCUCCCUUUGCCAACUCCCGCAGUGUUGCAGAACUAGUCAUUGCCGAAAUCAUCACCUUAGCACGACAACUCGGCGAUCGAUCGCUUGAAAUGCACCGUGGUACCUGGAACAAAGUCAGCGCCAAGUGCUGGGAGGUUCGUGGAAAGACAUUGGGAAUUGUUGGCUAUGGCCACAUCGGCUCUCAAUUGUCCGUCCUUGCGGAGGCUUUGGGCAUGAACGUCAUCUACUAUGACGUGGUGACUUUGAUGGCACUGGGAACCGCCCGUCAGGUUCCUACGCUGGACAACCUCCUGGAGGAGGCCGAUUUCGUGACUCUCCACGUACCAGACCUCCCCGAAACGAGAAAUAUGAUAUCAACUGCUCAGCUGAACCGUAUGAAGGAGGGGUCAUAUUUGAUCAACGCAAGCCGUGGAACAGUUGUAGAUAUCCCUGCUUUGAUUGUGGCCAUGCGCUCAGGAAACAUUGCAGGCGCUGCUUUGGACGUUUACCCCAAUGAACCGGCUGGCAACGGCGACUACUUCACCAACAACCUAAACCAAUGGGGUGAAGAUCUCCGCAGCUUGAGCAACCUCAUUCUCACCCCCCAUAUCGGCGGUAGCACAGAAGAAGCACAGAGCGCAAUUGGUGUCGAAGUUGCCGACGCAUUGGUCCGCUACAUCAACCUUGGUGUCACUCUCGGCAGUGUCAACCUUCCGGAAGUUCAGCUACGAUCCCUGACUAUGGACGAGCCAGACCACGCCCGAAUUAUCUAUAUCCACCGAAAUGUCCCUGGUGUGCUGCGUAAAGUCAACGAGAUCCUUGGUGACCACAACGUCGACAAGCAGCUCAGUGAUAGCAGGGGAGAUCUGGCAUAUCUGAUGGCCGAUAUCAGCAACGUAAGAUAUGAGCAAAUCAAGGAUAUCGCCGAUAGAUUGGAAGGCCUAAGCUCAUGCAUUAUGACAAGAGUUCUCUAUUAGGCUAUUUUACAGCUUCUUGCGUAAGAUUGGAGCCAAGUAACCUCUGCUCAUUUUUGCAUUUGUAUAGGCUAGGGAAAAAGUUUUAGAAACAUGGGUUUGCAGAUUGGUGUUUGGAAAAUCAGUAUAUCUGGGCAGUGCUCAUAAUCACUUCAACAGUGCCCGUGCUGCUUCAACAGCUGUUAGUGGAUUAGCUUUUGUCUGAUGGGCGUUUUAUAUGUGAGUAAGGAAAUAUACUAAUCAAGGGACAAAUGAAAAAAAAAAAAAAAAGAAGUAUGGAUAUCGUA